AUGUCGAUGGCGGCGGCGGCGACGAGGGCCCCGGGCAGGGCGGCGGCGCGGUUCGUGCAGGCCAGGCUCCGCUCCUCCGGCAAGGUGCUCAGCGAGGAGGAGCGGGCCGCCGAGAACGUCUAUAUCAAGAAAAUGGAGCAAGAGAAGCGGGAGAAGCUCGCACGCAAGCAGGGUCCCAGCACUGGAGAGCAAGCUCCGUCCACCCCAAGCGCUGCAGCAGGCGACGUGAACACUGGAGGCGCCGCUUCGACCGCGUCGGCGUCCGCAGCAGGCACGUCAACCGACAAGAACAGGAACUACGCCGUGCUGGCUGGCACCCUCGCCGGCCUGAGCGCCCUGGGCUGGUACCUCCUGUCCAAGCCCAAGAAGACGGAGGAGGUCGUCGACUGA